AGGAAGGAAAACAUUAAGAGAGAAGGAGGGAGAGAAGAGAGGAGAAGGAGGAGGAGGGAGGGAAGGAAGGAGGUAGAAGGAAGAGGAGGAGGAGAAGGAGGAGGAGGGGGGAACGGACGGACGGACAAGCCAGAGAGAGAGACCCAGAUAAACAGUCUCAUCCACCAGACAAGCUCCAAGCCGACCAAAAUACACCUCCCUCCCGGGUCCCCUGACCCCAACCCUCCUCUCUUCCCUUUCUUCCCUCCCUCACCCCGACCUCUUCUUCCCAGCCCCCCGGAAAAGAAUUGCCAGGCUGCCUCUUCUGCUGGAGGGCAGAAGGCGCAGGAUCCUCGGGGUUUGUUUUUUUUGGGGGGGAGGUGGUGGUGGUGAAGAUGGUUGAAGAAACUUCUUAAAUGAUCGCAUCUGGCUGGCUGUUUGGAGGAUUUCUGGGUUGGGGAAGAGGAAAGGAAAGUGGAAAAAAACUGAGAACUUCCUGAUCUCUCUUGCUGUGAGACAUGUCUGAGACUCCUGUUCAGUGUACCAUUAAGCAGGAGAGAAUUUCAUACACCCCUCCAGAGAGCCCGGUGCCAAAUUAUACUGCUUCCUCAACUCCUCUUCAUGUUCCAGUGCCUCAAGCCAUCAGGAUGGAGGAGGACUCUAUCAGACUGCCAGCACACCUGCGCUUGCAGCCGGUUUACUGGAGCCGGGAUGACGUAGCCCAGUGGCUCAAGUGGGCUGAAAAUGAAUUCUCUUUAAGGCCAAUUGACAGCAACACGUUUGAAAUGAAUGGAAAAGCUCUCCUGCUGCUGACCAAAGAGGACUUUCGAUAUAGGUCUCCUCAUUCAGGUGAUGUGCUAUAUGAACUCCUUCAGCAUAUUCUGAAGCAAAGGAAGCCGAGAAUUCUCUUCUCACCAUUCUUUCACCCAGGAAACUCUAUCCAAACACAGCCAGAGGUCAUGUUGCACCAAAACCAUGACGAAGAUAAUUGUGUCCAGAGAUCUUCAAGGCCAUCGGUGGAAAAUAUGCACCACAAUCCUCCUACCAUUGAACUCUUGCAUCGUUCCAGGUCACCUAUCACAACCAACCACCGGCCUUCCCCAGACCCUGACCAGCGGCCCAUCCGGUCCCCGCUGGACAACAUGAUCCGUCGCCUUUCCCCAUCGGAGCGGAUCCCAGGCCCGAGGCUUCACCAGGAGAACAACCACCAGGAGUCCUACCCUCUGUCAGUGUCUCCCAUGGAGAACAAUCACUGCCCACCCUCCUCUGAAGCCCACCCAAAGCCAUCUAGCCCUCGUCAGGAGAACACUCGGGUCAUUCAGCUGAUGCCCAGCCCCAUCAUGCACCCUUUGAUACUGAACCCCCGGCACUCAGUGGAUUUCAAACAGUCCAGGCUGUCAGAGGACGGACUUCAUAGGGAAGGGAAGCCCAUCAACCUGUCACACCGGGAAGACUUGGCCUAUAUGAACCACAUCAUGGUCUCCGUCUCCCCACCGGAGGAGCACGCCAUGCCUAUUGGGAGAAUAGCAGACUGCAGGCUGCUCUGGGACUACGUCUAUCAGUUGCUUUCUGACAGCCGGUACGAAAAUUUUAUCCGAUGGGAGGACAAAGAAUCCAAAAUAUUCCGGAUAGUGGAUCCCAACGGACUGGCUCGACUAUGGGGAAAUCACAAGAACAGAACAAACAUGACCUAUGAGAAAAUGUCCCGAGCCCUUCGCCACUACUACAAACUCAACAUUAUCAGGAAGGAGCCAGGACAAAGGCUUUUGUUCAGGUUCAUGAAAACCCCAGACGAAAUCAUGAGUGGCCGAACAGACCGCCUUGAACACCUUGAGUCCCAAGAGCUGGAUGAACAAAUGUACCAGGAGGAUGAGUGCUGAAGAAACCAACGUCCCACCUUGGGGGAUGGAUCACUGAAAAGAAAAACCAUCCAGCUGGAGUGCUGGAGGUGUGUGGGAGCAGGGUGGAUUGAGGGAAAGCAAAAAGGAAGAAACACAGAACUGGGAGUUGACCAGACCAGAAGGGACCCCAGACACCUUAGAUAAAGCAUCCGCAGCAGCAGGGCUGGUGUUCUGGUAGAGGGCCCAGAGCCUGGGACUUAUGUACCAUUUCACUCUCCUUUGAGGAUCUCCCUUGGCCUGUAAUUCCUCAUCCCCACCCCUCUGCCCACUGUUAGUUUCUGGGUUUGGGGGUUGUUGCUGUUUUUUUAUGAACAUGCAGUUUGACUUUUUCAUAAUUCAUAUAGGGCAAGAUGAGUUUGCUUUCCUAUGGAAAUAUAUAUCGAUUAUAUUUUUUUUGCAAGUCUCACAAAUUAUGGCAUAAAAAUCCAACCUGACAGGAAAGAGAGUAUGCAAGGUUUCUUUUUUUUUCUUCUACUGUACGCAGAAGGUUUGCUUCUGUUGCUGUUGUAUCCUGGCUGCUGGGGGCUUGGAGGAGGAAAACUUAAAAAGAAAAAAAAAAUUGAAAAGGGGCACUCAUUCUUAUCUCUCUCCCUUUCCUUCCCUCCUUCCUGCUUUGGACAUCUUUCAGCAUAGUUCAGCUUAGAAAUACCUUGGGAAUUGCUGGCCCAUGAACUAAAGUGCUAGAAAGUCAAAACAAAAUACCAGCAUUGGGUCACCAAUCUCAAAUAUGCCUUAGGAAGGUCAGAAACUCCACAGGUGUAUUUCUAAAGGCUACAUGCUAGGCCUAAAACCAACCUACAAAGAACAGUGCAGCUUUGGAGAAGGGCACUAACCUAUUUGUCCUUCUCUGGAGGUUGACACAGACACCACUCCCAAGUUGCCCGAGAUGUCUACAAGAAUUAGGAUUCUGCGUAACACUGAAGAGUGAAAAUAUGAUCAAGAAAACACAGGGACUUAAUGAAAAAUAUCCUGUAAAGUGGAGAACUUAGAGAGAGGAGAGGGGGUAGAGAAACGCCCUGUUCUUCUUUCCCCACCCCAACAUCAUCUUGCAAACGGUUCCACACCCUGUCCUGUCUUUCCCGUUAUUCAGAGAUUUUUAUUAAUGAUUUCAUAGCCUCUUUUACCCUGUUUUCCCCCUAGUCCCCAUUUGAAUUAGGGCAUUUGAGAUGAAAGGAACUUCUAGGGCGGCUCCAGCUGCCAGCAAUGAUCUUCUCUUCCCUUUUGGGACACGUCAUCAGCCCUUCCUUCCUUCCUUCCUUAUCGAUGGGAUGUCUGAACUUGGGAAAGGGCUCAUUUAUCAGUCUAUUUCUCUUGGAAAUUAUGUCAGUAAUCUCAUAAGGUGAGGACUGUCCCACCUUUUAAUACUUUUACUAAUAACAGGUGUUUUGUAAAGAAAUGCUGUGGGCAUUUUUAAUUUUCUAGACAUUUAGAAUUGAGUUCAAUUCAAUUUACUUUUAUUAAGCACCUACUGAGUGCACGACAUUGUACUAGGUACUGUGGAUACAAAGACAAACUAAUCCCUGCCCUCAAAGAGCUUACAUUCUAUUGAGUUUAUCUUAUUAAGGCUUCCAGAAUGAGGGGUACAGACUUCCCUACCACCAUCACCACCACCACCACCACCACCACAAAAAAAA